AUGAAAAAGUCAAUGGACUCCCCAUUUGUUGGAAAGAUAAGGCGCUUCCGCCCCCCCUCCUCCUCGAAUUUCAACCAGCCUCAAUUCAAGGAAUUUUUUGACGGAUGCAAUGGAAAUCUAGCGGAGCAUGUCCAACGAUUUCAAGCUUCAAUGAGUUUGUGGAGCUACAUCGACGAGCUACUCUGCGGAACCUUUCCAUUGACCUUGACGGAAGUUCAACCAGUAGAAACCCUCAAAGAGUUGUAUGACAGGGGUGAUAGGUACGCGAAAGCCGAGAAGGAAAAUAAAGAAAAGUUAUCACGGACAACAAAAAGGUCCGGAACUGAGGGACACGAGAAACCGAAGCAGAAAUUCGAUGGCAGUACCAAAAGCAAGAGCCAUGAAGGUCAUACGAGGAAAAUGAGAAACGAUGAAGAUUCUCACAAGACUCAAGAAAAACAAAAAGAGAAGUUUCCCAAGCUGAAUAUUGGACUUGGUGAACUAUUUAAGAAGCUUAAAGACUCGCUACCCAUUCCAAAACUAUUAUUGAUUGAAACAAGGGAUAAGAAUAAAUAUUGUGCUCAUCACCAAGAUCAUAGGCACAAUACGGAUACUUGUCGUACGCUCGCAGCAGAAGUCCAAAGGAUGAUUGAAGAAGGAAAGCUGCAGCAAUACGUAAAGAAGAAUCCAGCACAGGUCAACACACUGGUGAACACACUAGAUCUACGAGAGAUCAGAGUAAGCCACGUAAGAGUCAAUUCAACUUCGAGAAAGGCUCAGGAAGAUGCUACACGAUUGAAGUUGCGUCAUAUUAAUGAUUGGCGAUUAUCGAACACGGUCGACUAUGCCAAUCUGAUUGGCACUGAGAUUUUGGAAGAGGGAAAGACUGAGAUAUCAUUUUCGAACGCUGGCCUUGCUGGAGUAUAUCAACCACAUAAUGAUGCGAUCGUGAUUUUAGCUCUCAUUGGAAUGUACAAGGUACGUCGAGUUCUGGUUGAUACUGGAAGCUCAAUUAGCAUCAUAUUCUCGGGAGCAUACUCUUCAAUGAGUCUGAAUGAGAACCAAGUCGAAGCAGAUGAUAACCCUAUUAUCGGAUUUAAUGGUGAAAUAAUGACAGAAAUGGGAAGAUUCAAUCUACCUACGAUGGUGGGAGGAAGGACAAUUAUGUAA